AUGGCAGCAACAACGACAGCAAAGCAGAUUGUAGUAGUGGUAGGAGCAGGACCUGGACUCGGUCUGAGUCUUGGACGCAAGUUCACCGAGGCAGGGCAUCCGGUGGCACUGCUUUCGCGAUCGCAGGAGCGAAUGGACGCACUGGCUUCGCAGCUAAACGGCCAGUCGAGCAGCGGUGGACGUGCAGUAGGCUAUGCUGUGGACUGUCAGGACGAGACAUCGAUGAACACGACGAUUGAAAAGGUGCACGAGCACUUUUCGAGCGGUCAAGGCGGAGAGCAACAUCAAGGUGCCUCGAUCCACACGGGCAUCUUCAAUCCCAAUGGCGGCUUUGCAAUGGCCUCCUUCCUAGACACCAAGCAGAGUCAAGUCGAAGAAGCCUUCCGCACCCAAGUGUUGGGAGGAUUUUUGUUUUCACAGGCGAUGCUUCGAGCCAUCUCCUCUUCUCCCGACUUUGCUUCGGGUGGGGAUGGCAAGACGGCGCUUGGAAACAUCCUCAUCUCCGGUGCAACGGCCUCGAUCAAGGGAAGUGCCAAUUUCGCUGCGUUUGCAUCGGCCAAGUUUGGACUGCGAGCCAUGGCGCAGAGUCUGGCACGCGAAGUUGGGCCAAAGGGCAUCCAUGUGGCGCACUUCAUCAUCGACGGCAUCAUCAUCACGGAGCGAACCGACACCUUUGUGGGCAAGGACUAUGCGCCUGGCUCACGCAUGGACGCCGACGACAUCGCCCAGGUCUACCUCGACACCGCACGACAACCACGCAGCGUAUGGUCGUUCGAGACAGACCUCCGCCCCUCGCGCGGAGCUCAGGCAUCUCCCCGAAUCAGCAAGCCCGGCGAUAGGCUCCAAGAAAACAGCGGUCGAUAUCGCAGCCAUCCCGAGUGGCGUUGGAGAGUGACCAUCGCACCGAUGCCGUUCCACAACCCCCUGGCCAAGCAGCCGGACUCGUAUGUGAAGAAGAAGGAGUAUGAAUUCAAAAAGACGCUGGGCGAGGGUACGUUUGGCAUCGUGCGUUCUGCCACAUGGAAGGCGGCCGAUCCUCCGAUCGGUGUGGCGGUCAAGGUGAUCAGCAAGCGCAUCCUGCGCGGGCACGACAACAUUGUCAAGGACGAGAUGAACGUGCUCAAGGGGCUGGAUCAGCCGCACGUGGUCAAGUUCCUCGACUGGUUCGAGAGCAAGGACAAGUACUACCUCGUCUUUGAGGAGGCUACGGGCGGCGAGCUGUUUGAGCGCAUCCUGGCGCGCGGUCGAUUCACCGAGCUCGACGCCUGCCGCACCAUCCGUGCCGUGCUGUCGGCCAUCCAGUAUCUGCACCACCACAACAUCGUGCACCGCGACAUCAAGCCGGAGAACAUCCUGUACCGCACCAAGGAAGAGGACGCCAAUGUGGUGCUGGUGGAUUUCGGCAUUGCGGCGCACAUGAAGGACGACAACGAGGUGCUCACAUCGGUGUGCGGCAGUUUCGGCUAUGCUGCGCCCGAGAUCCUGGCCAAGAAGGGACACGGCAAGGCGGUGGACAUGUGGAGUCUGGGCGUGAUCACGUACACGAUGUUGUGCGGCUACACGCCCUUCCGCUCGGACGAUGCACAGGCGCUGGCAGCCGAGACGCAGCGUGGCAAGGUGGAGUUCCACGACCGGUAUUGGAAGAACGUGAGCGCCGAGGCCAAGGACUUUGUCAAGGCGUGCCUCACUGUGGAUCCCAAGAAGCGGCUCACGGCGGACCAGGGCAUGGCGCACGCGUGGCUCACCGAGCACAAGGCGGAGACGCAGGGCGUGCACGACAUCUCGGCCGGCCUGCGCGAAAACUACCGCAAGCGCUGGAAAUCGGCCAUCGCGGCGGUGCGAGCCUCCACCAAGUUCCGCACGUUUGCAGCGCUCGCCAGCGAAAGCCGCAGCGAAGGCCUGGCAGCGGAAGCAUCUUCGACAUCGACGUCGACCGACCCCGCGCCGACAGACGAGCCGGGCAAGAUCUCGCCGCCGACGAAACGCGAGCUGUACAGCGAGGACGAGGACGAAGAGGCCGAUGGCAACGAAUGGUUCGAUACCGAAGAUGGAAAUGCUGCGCCGGCAUCAUCGGAAGCCAAGGACGACGACAAGCAAGAGGGCCUGGCUGGCAAGUUAGAAAGCACGCUCCAAAAUCUGCACCUGUCCAACAAGUGA